GGGCCAAGGCCGGCCGAGAGACGUGUGAGGGGCAGAUAGGGGGCAGGGAGAGGAAGAGGGCAGAGGGAGGCCCGGGGUGUCUGUCCACAGUUGCCCACCGAGCCCCUUGGAGUGUGCAGGGGGCCGCUGCGGGGAUGAACUUUGCCGUGGGCUUCAAGCCGCUGUUGGGGACUUCGCAGAGCAUGGACAACCUGGAGAAGCAGCUCAUCUGCCCCAUCUGCCUGGAGAUGUUCACCAAGCCGGUGGUCAUCCUGCCCUGCCAGCACAACCUCUGCCGCAAGUGCGCCAACGACAUCUUCCAGGCCUCCAACCCUCUCUGGCAGUCGCGCGGCUCCACGUCGGUGUCCUCAGGAGGUCGGUUCCGGUGCCCAUCCUGCCGGCAUGAAGUGGUGCUGGACCGGCAUGGCGUUUAUGGGCUGCAGCGCAACCUCCUCGUGGAAAACAUCAUUGACAUCUACAAGCAGGAAUCCUCUCGACCCCUCCAUGCCAAGGCGGAGCAGCAGCUGAUGUGUGAGGAGCAUGAGGAGGAGAAGAUCAACAUCUACUGCCUCACCUGCGAGGUCCCCACCUGCUCCAUGUGCAAAGUCUUUGGGGCCCACAAGGACUGCGAAGUGGCCCCUCUGACCAACAUCUACAAGCGCCAGAAGGGGGAGCUGAGCGAUGGCAUCGCCAUGCUGGUGGCUGGGAACGACCGGAUCCAGGCCAUCAUCACCCAGAUGGAGGAGAUCUGCAAAACCAUUGAGGACAACGCCCGGCGGCAGAAGCAGCACCUCUGCCUGCGCUUUGACUCCUUGUACAGCAUCCUGGAAGAGCGCAAGAAGGAGCUUCUGCUGGAGAUCGGGCGGGAGCAGGACGACAAGCUCCAGCGGGUGCGGGGCCUGAUCCGCCAGUAUGGGGACCACCUUGAGGUCUCCUCCAAGCUGGUGGAGUCGGCCAUCCAGUCCAUGGAGGAGCCCCAGAUGGCUGUCUACCUCCAGCAGGCAAAGGAGCUGAUCAAAAAAAUCACAGACAUGUCCAAAGUCUCCAUGAGCAGCCACCCAGAGCCUGGCUAUGAAAGCAUGGACCACUUCACGGUCAACAUCGACCACGUGGCGGAAAUGCUGAGGACAAUUGAAUUCCAGACAGAUGCUGCUGGAGAGGACGCGGAGCAGGAGGGUCUUGGCCCAGAGGGGGGCCUGGAGGCAGAAGAGGGAGAACAUCUGGAGGGGACAGAUGCCCCCGAGGGGACGGAAGAUGGAGAGAACCUGCCCCGGCUGAGGCCAAAGCCAGCGAGUGCCUCUCAUGCAGGUCAGCACUGAGGAGUCAAAGCAGCAGCGUCCCCCCCGCCGCCCCCGCCAAAGGACUUCCUCGCUUUCGCCUGCACUUUGCCGAGUUUUUAAUCUGCCGAGAGAAUAAAGUUGUGUCACGUUUGCUAAA